ACUUGCUAGCGGACAAGCUAACUUCGCUGCUAUGCCCGGGAGAUGCAAAUUCAAAGAUGCCUGGCUCAACAAGGAUAUUUACAAAGACUGGCUUGUCAGAGACUCGCAAAACAUCCACGUAGCCAUAUGUAUAGCUUGUCGCAAAGCAAUCAAACUUCAAACUAUGGGCGAGGCAGCCCUUACGAGCCAUGCAGGGGGAGCUGGGCACCAAGCGGCGGUCCGCAAGCUAAUAGAAGGUAACAUACAGAGGGUGAAUAAUGGUGAGCAGGUGAAUGGAGAAAGUAUCGAUCAGGUUGAAGACAACAAAGAACAAGUGGCAAUCUGCCUCCAGCUCAACUCCAUGGACAGAAUGACGGGAGAUGGGCAGACUGAACUAUGCCACAAUGCCAGGACAAACUCCAUUUCCCACAAUUCAGGAUAUCAGGAAGUCACGUUCCCAUCUACUUACAUCAAUUCAUCAGGCUCGUCCAUGGUCACCGGCAACCUCCUCCACCCCUCCUCAUCACACCGUCGGGCAGACAGACGCCCGCCUCGCCCUCGCACUGCACACCUCUCCAGACAAGAGGAGCACCAAAGGCUGCAGGUCCUGGAGCAGCAGGAGCAGAUGAAUGUGCUGGAAUGGGAGCAGAGGCUGAAGGUUCUAGAAUGGGAACAGGAACUCCUGAGGGAGAAGAGGAAAGCGGCAAGGCAGAAGGAGAGAGCCUUCAGGAUGAAGAAAAACUACUACAAGGCCAAGUUGAAGAUGAUGGGGGAGGAAGUUCCGCUGUCUUCGUCGAAUAGCAGUAGCGAUGAAGAUGAGAGUAAAAACAGCGGCCAGCUGAGGAAAGUGAUCGUCUGUUUAGAUGGGACAAGCUGAUCGAAUUGUUGUAUAGUUUGUUGCUGUGACAGUUGUAUCUCGCCUUUUUUUUAAUUUUCUUUUAUUCUUACACUCUUGUCCGUAUAUCAAGGAAAUAUUGGCAUUUUAACGCAUUGCUUAAUGAUCUUAAAAGUUCAGCACAACAGUUUAAGUUUUUCAUCAAGCAAAGGGAUCAAGAUUUUUUGUCGUUUUUCUGUCAUUAUUAUGCGCAAAGAGAAAAUUAUUAUUAUCAUCAUUAUUUUUGCAUCUAGUACAGUGUGGGGCCAAAGAGUUUCAGGGGAGGUGCGGAAAAAAAGCAGGGAAAUACGAGAAAAUGUCCAAACCUAUCAGAAAGCCCAGAAAGUAUGAUGACGUAGUUGGGAUUUUCUUGGGCCCAGACUCACUGCUCCCAUGAAGGUAGGGAAGGCUAUGUAGGUUAUCCAUAGUGGGGUUAAAAAGAGUAAACUUGUGUGUUUUACCCAGAGCGUGUUUUAAACCUUACUUAAAAGGGCAGGUUAAGGCCUUACGCAGGGUGUCGGGAAGCAGCAAUGUGCACCAAUGGGUUGUGUACAUUUUCAUGUUCUCCUUUCGGUUUUUGUUAAAAGGUGACAUAUGCGUUCGAUUUUUUUUUUUACUUCAGAAA